CAGGUGGAUUUGAGAUUAAAACUGCCGUACUUCGAAGAUGAUUUGAUGUCAUUCACUCCAAUAACCACAUUAAAUUUUCUCGGCUGUUGUACUUGUAGUCAUGUCAAGCUUGCAAGUUCCCUGUGAAGGAGGAAAUUACGCUGGUCCAAGCAGAUCCUCGAGGUUAGUUGUCAUGCAGCUUAAUUUUUUUUUGGACGAAAAAUUAAAAGCCAGUGGCAUCAGUCCUGAGCCAACCAAGCUGGACAGACUACUUGAAGAAAUCAUAGAGAGAGCUGAGGCCUGUGAUCAGUCAAGAGAUGAGGAGGAUGACAAAGCAAGAGAGAAAAAACAGAGAGAACAAGAGCAAGCUAAGGAUAUCAGGCUCAAAGCCAUGGAGUCAUUGAGUGAAACAAAGAAACGGUCACUUUCAGAUGGGGAUGGUGAAAAUCAAAACAAGGCCAAAAAGAGGCGAUCCAAUGGAACUGAAAUGGUGGCCUAUUUGAGGGAGCGGGCAACUGAAGAGAAUAGACUAAAAGAAAGAGAUAUAGAAAUAAGAUCUGUGCAGUUGGAGAAAGAGGCUGAGAGGCAACAAUUGCUUGACAAGCAGCAUAACAGCCUGAUGCAACUGCUGUUACAACAGCAGCAGCAGCAACAACAACAACAACAACACUUGGAUAUAUUUCGAGCUACUCUUUUAAAAAUUUGUUUUUUUAACUAUGAUUGUAUUGGCCCCAACUAA